AUGCCUCUGUUACCUCAGAUCUCCUUCACUCUUCCUCUUCUUCUCUCUCGCUCACGCUCAGAUCUCCUUCUCACCUUCUUCUCUCUUCUCUCUCGCUCAAAUCUCAAAGCCACCACUCCGCCGCUCCGCCGCUCCGUUGCUUUGCUUUCACGGUACCCUUCUCACUCUUCCUCUUCUUCUCUCUCGCUCAAAUCUCCUUCUCACAGUUCCUCUUCUUCUCUGUUCUCUCUCGCUCAAAUCUCAAAGCCACCACUCCGUGUUCCGCCUCUCCGUCGCCACCACUCCGUUGCUCCGCCGUCGCCACAUCUCCUUCAACGCCGUCGCUCCGUUUUCGCUGCCGAAAGCCAUGGCUGCAUCCCACCCUGCAACCCCAUCCCGUCACGCCUCCCACCCCGCAACCCCAACCCGUCACGCCUCCCACCUCGCAACCCCAACCCCACCACCAAUCGCCACCAAACCGGACGCGAUCUCACUCCAUCAGCGGACACGAUCUCAGAUCUAGUGUUGUUCGUGGACCGCCUGGUGCGGCCCGUGCCAGUGGUGGAGCCGCUGGCCUAG